UGGCGUACGGUGAUGAGAUCAAUGUGUCAUCAACAAAGAUGAGCGAAAGGAAGUUUACCCGUGGCCUGGGUAAACCGGGCAUGGCCGCUCAAUUACGAGAGACCGUCUCUCAGGUAGUACGAGAGAGUACCGUACAGAAUAAGCCACAUCUAGUAGAACCCAUAGAUUUUGAAAAUUUUGUAUUAAAGAAUAAAACUUUAUUACAAAAUGACCCUCAAAGAGAACUCCUGCUAUACCCUAGGGAUGAUAUUUCACAAGUGGUAUUACCUAGAAGAUAUCGUACUCUUGUACCAACUAUACCACAAACUUCAGAUAAUGAGGAAGGGGAAGAGAAUCUUCUUACAAAAGAAUGUUUACGAAGUUACACUUCUAAUUGGAAUCUCAUACAUUAUAAAUAUUCAGCAUAUAGUGGAACUUAUCUUGAGUUACCUAAAAUAGCAAAAAUAGAUGAUCUAAAAGAUGAAGUGUACGAAAUUGAUACAGAAGUAGACCAAGUUGAUGAGGAAUUAACAAAGAGUAAUGGAAUAACAAAGGAAGGUUAUUUAAUGAAAGGACCAGAAAUUGGUAGUACUGACCGCAUGUUUGCAAAUAUUGGUUCAAAAUCAUUUAAGAGAAGGUUUUGUCAUCUUCGUCAAGAAGUUGAUGGCACAUAUAUUCUUGAACUUUUUAAAGAUGAAAAAAAGGGUGAAGCUAAACUGACGAUAGUAAUGGAUUUUUGCACUGAAGUUAUUAGAAAUCCAAAACGUGGAAGGUAUUGUUUUGAAUUAAGAAUGAGUGGGACUCAUAAAUCAUACACAUUAGCAGCGGAUAAUGAAACAGAUAUGCAGGAUUGGUUAUUAAAGUUAAGCUCAGUAUUACAGCAUUAUAAGCAACAAGAAGAAAAACGUGCUGCUUCGUUAGAGAGAGCAUGCAAUACACCUCCUCCUUCUCCUCAACCUAUGCAGGUUUAUGGAACGCUCAAAGGCUUAGAACAAAGUAUGAAUCCACAACUGAUAAAGUAUUCUAGGGAAACAGAUACUAGUAUUGCAUUAGCGAGACGAGAAUGUCGUAAACAAUUGUUUAGUAUUUAUCCUCAUAUUCCACAUACUAAACAACAACCAGGAAAUUGUAAUGAACAGAAUAUUGAUCCAUACAAAGAACAAUUUGGGCAGAGAAUUUUUGUAAAAUGUGAAAGUCUUAAAUUUAGAUUACAAGCACCAAUAGAUGAGAAAGAAUCAUUAUGUCAGGUGGAACCAUAUCAAACUACACUAAGUCUUUAUGAUGCAAGAAAUGGCAGGAAGCUAACUGAAAAUUUUCAUUUUGAUAUUAAUCAUGAGGUUGUUCAAGGAAUAGUAAAAGAAUUAAGUCCUGUAGGUAUUAUGACAGAAUCUACAGAAAAUAUUAAACUACCAGAUGAUCUGAAAAAUAUACCACUAGAUUGGAUUAAAUAUCCAAAACAGGCCAUAUUUAGUAUUAGUAAUCCACACCCUGAUAUAUUUUUGGUUGUAAGAAUAGAUAAAAUAUUACAAGGGAAUAUAUGCCAAACUUCUGAACCAUAUUUAAGGGCUACAAAAGAUCCACGAUUAGGUUUAAAAGUACAUAAACAAGUUAGAGCAUGUUGCCAAAGAUUGGGAAAUUAUAGAAUGCCGUUUGCUUGGGCUGCCAGACCAUUAUUUAGAUUAUAUAGUAAUGAAUUAGAUACAUCAUCAGACUUUCCUGCAAUAUAUAGGCAAGAAGGAAAUAAAAUAAAAGAUGAAGAAUUACUCAAACUCCUUUCAGAGUAUAGAAAGCCUGAAAAACUUAGUAAAUUGACUGUGAUACCUGGUUGGUUGAAAAUAAAGAUUGAGUCAAUUACAGAUUUACCUGACAAUACAUUAUCUACAUCUUUAGCAGCUUUAAAGCCAUUUCCAUUACCGCCAAUAUCUGAACCAACUCUUGAGAUUGCAGAGUUUGAAAGUACUUCAGAGAAAGAUGUUCAUCCAUACACAACUUAUAUUAACCAUCUUUAUGUAUAUCCGCAAACUCUCUGUUUUGAUACUCAAAAAAUAUUCACCAGAGCUAGAAACAUUGCGUGCGUUAUUGAAUUACGAGACAAUGAUUGUGAAAAUGCCACACCUUUAAGGUGUAUAUAUGGAAGACCUGGUGCUCCACUUUUAUGCUUACGAGCUUCUUGCGCGGUUUUACAUCAUAAUGCAGUUCCUUCCUGGUAUGAAGAAAUUAAAAUAAGGUUACCAUCGAAACUUCAUGCCAAGCAUCAUUUACUCUUUUCCUUUUACCAUAUAAGUUGUGAUAUGAACAAGAAAAAAGAAAAUGGUGUUGAAAAUUGUGUUGGUUAUGCUUGGUCUCCAUUGUUGCAUAAAGGAAGAUUAAAUGUGGAUAUGGAUAUGAAUGUACAAGCACUACCUGUUGCAACACAUUUACCACCAGGAUAUCUUUCAAUACAACCUCUAGGACUAGGAAAAGGGAAUGCUGGACCGGAAAUUAUAUGGGUUGAUUCUCAACGGCCGGUAUUUACAGUAGCAUUUCAAUUGAUUUCAACUGUAUUUACACGUGAUGUACAUUUACAUAAUUUAUUUGCUCAUAUGGAACGCAUCCUAGAUACAAAACUAGGAGCGGUACCAGCGGAUUCGGAAACAUGCAAAAUAUUAAAAGCUGCUCAUGCAGUACAAUUAGUUACAGUUAUUACAUUUCUUCCUACUAUAUUGAAUCAAUUAUUUACAUUGUUAACAUGUACUACAAAUGAAGAAGUUGGAUGGUAUAUUAUAAGAGUUUUGAUACAUUUCAUAAAUAUGGUGCAUGAAGCUGGUAGGAAAGAAACACUUCAGGCUUAUAUUAAGUUUGUUUUUGUACCACCUUCUCAAGGAAAUGGUAUUAUAACAGUUCAUGAACAAUUAGGAAAACAUCUUCCUACAUUAUUACAGCCAAGUAAUACUGACUUUCUAGUAGUAAAUAAAUUUAUGCAUCAUUCCAGUUUCUUUUUUGAGAUAAUGAUUAAGAGUAUGGCACAGCAUUUGCUUUCGACAGGAAGGAUAAAAAUGCAUAGGAAUGAAAGAUUUUCAAAAGAAUAUCAUGAAAAAAUUCGAAGUUUAGUGGAAGUUAUUAUGCCUUAUCUUAUGAACAAAUAUAAAGAGAUGCCAGUUGAAACACAUGAAUUAAACAAAAGUCUUGCACAAUUUUUAAAACGAUGCCUUACAUUUAUGGAUCGUGGGUUCGUUUUCCGUUUAAUAAAUUCAUACAUGGACAAUUUCUCUCCUGGAGAUCAACGUACACUACAUGAUUUUAAAUUUACAUUCUUGCAAAUAAUCUGUUCACACGAGCAUUAUGUGUCUUUCAAUUUACCAAUGAUGCAAUCACGAAUCAUUUCCAAAGAAGAUACAGAGAGUGAUCCAGAAUGUGAUGAUUUAAUAAAUGAAUAUUGUUUGUCAGAAGAUUUUUGCAAACAUCAUUUCUUAGUUGGACUGUUAAUGCAAGAAGUUAGAACCUCCUUAAAUGAAAUUGUACAAAUUCGUAAAGUGGCAAUAUCUACAUUAAGAGAUUUAAUGGCAAAGCAUGAGCUUGAUGAUAGAUAUCAGAAUAAGGGUCAAUUAAGUAGGAUAGCAUCCACUUACAUACCAUGGCUAGGUAUUGUAUUGGAAAAUCUACAUCGAUUGCAAUCCAUACAUGAUAACAGUAAAACAGAAGUUAGGCAAAAUGGCACAAAUAGAAUAUCAACUAGCAGUUCAUUUUUGGCAAAUAAAGAUACCGCGAGUACUACUGCAACCACUGGAACUCCAAAAUCAAUACAUAGGCUUACAUUACAUUUGGAAACUCAAUCUCCAAUAAGGGCGUCUAUGCAUCUACGAGAUUCUACAUACUUUGCAGCCAUAGCAGGCCAAGGAUUAGUUAAUGGAUAUUCUUGUACUAGUAUAGAAUCAGAUACAUCAACAAUAUCUGGUGCUUCUCAAUCAAAUAUAUCUCAAGAAACUACUAUUAUUCGUGAACCUAUCGAAAAUGGUACUGGCGAAAAAAAAAGACAUUCUCGUUCUUUAAGUGUUACACAAUCGUCACCUAGAUGCGAUAAAUUGCAGUCGUCGGAAGUUAAGGAUAUUUUACUUUGUUUUCUAUUUGUAAUAAAAUAUUUAGGUGAUCAUCAAGUUAUUGCUUGGUGGCAACAAUGCAGCGAUUGUGAAAUUUUAAGUUUCUUUACAGUAAUUGAAAUGAGCCUUCAUCAUUUUAAAUAUAUUGGGAAAAGGCAAAUAGUUGCAAACAUGGUAAAUAGUUCUGGAAAGCCUCGAACAGUGAAAGCAAUGACAUUGCCAGCUAGAAUGGCACCUCCAGAUUUUUCUAACGAUGGACCCGCUACUAGUACUUUACAACCACAUAAUACUACUGCACGAGAAAAUCUUGUUGAAAGCGACAGUGGGAAAGUGCAUCAAGCUUUAUUAGAAGCGAAUAUGGCGACAGAAGUUGGUCUAAUUGCAUUGGAUUGUUUAGGAUUAUUUUGUAUUCAUUUUAAGGAUGUGCUUCUGACAGCAGAUGGUGAUAAUCCCAUAAUGCAGAAAGUAUUUAGUAUAUAUUUAUCGUUUCUGCAAGUUGGACAGUCUGAAACCUUACUACGGCACGUUUUUGCCAGUUUCAGAGCCUUUUUAAAUAAUUAUUCUAUAAUUCUAUUUCAAGGAAAUGCCGUAUUAUGUGGACGUUUAUGUUACGAAUUAUUACGUUGUUGUAAUAGUAAAUUAAGUUCCAUUCGGCAGGAAUCUUGUGCUUUACUUUAUCUUCUUAUGAGAAGCAAUUUUGAGUUCACCAGUAGGAAAGGACUAACUAGGGUUCACUUACAAGUAAUUAUAUCUGUUUCUCAAAUGCUUGGAAAUGUUAUUGGAUUAAAUAAUUCAAGGUUUCAAGAAUCAUUAUCAUUAAUAAAUAGCUAUGCUUCUUCUGAUAAAGUGAUGAAGGGUACUGGUUUUCCAGUUGAAGUUAAAGAUCUGAAUAAAAGAAUUAGGACUGUUUUGAUGGCCACAGCUCAAAUGAGAGAACAUAACAAUGAUCCUGAAAUGUUGGUAGACCUACAACAUAGUUUGGCUAAUUCUUAUGCUAGUACACCUGAAUUGAGACAUACAUGGUUAGAAACUAUGGCUAGAAAUCACGCAAGAGAUGGAAAUUUUUCAGAGGCUGCUUGUUGUCAAUUACAUAUUGCCGCAUUAAUAGCAGAGUAUUUAAAAUUAAGAAAAGUUCAUAUGUGGGGUGCAGAAGCCUUUGACAAGAUUUCUGAAAACAUCUCUAGAGAUGAAUGCAGUCUUAAACUUGAUGCUGGUGAGAUUUGCGUGCAAGAUAUUCAUUACAACGAAUAUAUACUUCUUGAACAAUUAGAACUUUGUGCCGAGAUGUUAGAGAAAGCAGAACGAUUUGAACUUCUUGGACAUUUGUACAGAUUAAUAGUUCCUAUGUACGAAGCGAAAAGAAAUUAUGAAGCUUUAGCAAAUUGUUAUUCUCAUUUGGCACAAGCCUGUAAUAAAAUUGUUGAAGUUACAAAGUCCGGAAAAAGACUUCUUGGAAGAUUUUAUAGAGUUGCAUUUUUUGGCGCGGCAUAUUUUGAGGAUGAAAAUGGGCAAGAGUACAUUUAUAAAGAACCAAAAGUUACAUCCUUAUCUGAAAUUUCAGAACGUCUCCAUCAUCUCUACUCUGAAAAAUUUGGCUCAGAAAAUGUUAAAAUGAUAAUGGAUUCUAUACCUAUCGAUAUAACCGAACUAGAUUCAAAAAUAGCCUAUAUUCAAGUGACACACGUUACACCUUAUUUCGAAAAAUAUGAGUUAGAAACACGACAAACAGAGUUUGAACAGAAUCAUAAUAUAUCAUGUUUUAUGUUUGAAACUCCAUUCACUAAAGAAGGAAAAGCUAGAGGUAUUCCAGAAGAACAAUGGAAACGUAGAACAAUUCUUACAACACAAUAUUCUUUUCCAUACAUUAAAAAACGCAUUUUAGUUAUUGAAAAACGAAUAAUGGAACUGAGCCCAAUCGAAGUCGCUUUGGAUGAAAUGCGACAACGUGUCCAAGAAUUAGAAGAUGUAGCUCUUAUAGGACCAACAGACGUGAAAAAGUUGCAAUUAAGAUUACAAGGAAGUAUAUGUGUUACAGUAAAUGCUGGACCACUCGCAUACGCUUCCGCAUUUUUAGAUCCUGCACUGUCUCCACAAUAUCCAGAUGAUAAAGUUGAAGAGUUAAAAGAUGUUUUCAGAGAAUUUGUUAAAAUAUGUUACACAGCUCUGCAAAUAAAUAGUAAGUUGAUUACAUCUGAUCAGCAUGAAUAUCAAGAAGUGUUACGUGAGAAUUAUCAGAAACUUUGCCAAAAUUUGUCAUCAUUACUUGGGGAACCUAUUUGGCCUGAUGAACAAGUUGGAAAUUUUAAACGUAACAGCGCUGCUUUAUUUAGUGCUAUCAGUGGUGCUAGUAAUCACACAAGUACAGCUUAAGAUAAGAGGUUAUUGGAAUGAAAUCUUUUGCAAUUAAA